AUGUUGAUGAAUGGGAUAAGGUACUAAGAAGUGAAUUAUGGGAUUCACCAAUUAAUGCGACAGACAUCCUCCCUGCUCUUAGAUUAAGUUAUAAAUAUCUUUCGCCACCUCUAAAGAGAUGCUUUGCAUAUUGCUCCAUAUUCCCAAAGGAUCAUACUUUCAAAAAAGAUAAAUUAGUCUUUUUAUGGAUGGCAGAAGGUUUCUUGCCGCAACUCCAAAACAAAACAAUAAAAGAAGUUGGUGAUGAUUACUUCCUUGCUCUUGUAUCAAGAUCAUUAUUCCAACAAUCCAAGCACGAUGAAUAUGUAAUGCAUGAUCUUAUCAGUGAUUUGACAAAGUUUAUAUCUAAAGAAUUCACUUUAUGCGAAGAUGAUGACAGUUCUUGUAAAUUUCUAAGCACGACUCGCCAUUUCUCAUAUUCUUCCAGAACAUUUGAUAUUAAUAACUUUGAGAACUUCCACAAAGCUAAGGGGUUGCGCACUAUCAUAAAAAUAAAUUCUUGGAGUGAUAGAACAUCUUUUGUUCCACCAAUAAUAAGAUGCUGGAGUGGUGGAACCUAUUUUUUUUCACAAAAUAUAAGAUGCCUAGGCCUACGGGUACUCAUUCUAUCUCACAAGUAUGGCUUAAGUGAGUUGCUAGAUGCAAUUGGUAAAUUCAAACAGUUACGUUAUUUCAACCUUACCAACACUCAGAUUGAAAGGCUGCCUGAUUCCAUAUGUAAGUUGUGCAAUUUGCAAAUAUUGAAUUUAUCACAUUGUAAGUCUCUUGUUGCCUUGCCAAGAGAUUUGCAUGGACUCAUUAAUUUGCAAAUAUUGGAUUUAUCACAUUGUAGGUCUCUUGUUGCCUUGCCAAGAGAUUUGCAUGAACUCAUUAAUUUGCAAAUAUUGGAUUUAUCACAAUGUAAGGCUCUUGCUGCCUUGCCAAGAGAUGUGCAUAAACUCAUUAAUUUGAGUCAUCUUGAUAUUACUGAAACUGAGAUAAUGGAGAUGCCGAUAAAUCUUGGUAAACUAAAAUGUCUUAAGACAUUAACUACAUUUAUUGUCAGCAAACAUAGUGGAUCUGGCAUUGAAGAGUUAGGAAAACUUACAAAUCUACGGGGAUCGCUUAAUAUUUUAGACCUCCAAAAUGUUGAAUUUCCAGUCGAUGCUAAGGACGUAAUCUUGAGGGAUAAGUACCUUAAGAAGUUGGAAUUGAAGUGGAGAGUUGAUACUAGUGCUUCAGAAAAUCAUAAAAUUGUACUUCAUUGUCUCGAGCCCCAUUCAAUAUUGAGAAGCCUUAGCAUCUACGGCUAUGGUGGUACAAGUUUUCCAAACUGGGUUGGGGAUGCUUCAUUCUCUAAUAUAACAUCUCUUCGUCUAGAAGACUGUAAAUUUUGCUCUAGCUUGCCACCACUUGGGCAACUACCCUCUCUGCUGCACCUCUCGAUUGUUGGGUUGAAUGGAAUUGUUACAAUAGGCCGUCAGUUUUACGGCAGUGGGUCUUCUUCUAUGAAACCAUUUGGAGCCUUGGAAUAUCUACGGUUCGAGAAGAUGUUGGAGUGGAAGGAAUGGUUUCCUUUUGAGGCUGAAAACGAAGGUGGAGCAUUUCCUAAUCUUAGAGAGCUUUGGAUUUCUGGAUGCCCUAAGCUAACAGGGGAGUUGCCUGUCCAUCUUCCUUCUUUAGUCGAACUUUCCAUUUAUGAUUGUCCCCAGCUCGUGGCUUCACUCCCUGGGACUUCUUCUCGACAAAAAGUGAAGCUUUCAAAUUGCAAUACGGUUAUAUUAAAUGAAUCGUCGAUUGGAAUACAUGAGCUUAGAAUCAAAAACUGUUCGAUGUUAGAGCUCCCAAAGCACGUGAACUAUUCAUCCCUUGAAUGUUUGACAUUGGAGCAUUGUAGUUCUCUCAAGUCCUUUCCAUUAUUCUCAAAGAUUCGUGAGCUGUCAAUCGAGGAUUGUGGGGAUCUAGAAUCUCUUACUGUUGGAGAACAACAUGAACAUGAUUUACUCCUCUCGAGUAUGCGAAUCGAUGGUUGCCCUAAUUUUGCAUAUUUUCCACAAGGAGGAUUGCGUGCCCCCAACCUUAAACAUUUCUCAAUCCGGGUUUGUAGGAGUCUUCGGUCGCUACCCGACAAGAUGCACAUACUUCUUCCCUCUCUUGAGAAAUUGUAUAUAAAGGAUUGUCCACAAGUUGAGUCGUUUCCUGAAGGGGGCUUGCCUUCCAAUUUGAAUAAAAUUUCCAUCCAAAAUUGUGACAAACUCUUUGCGAAUCGGAUGGGGUGGGGUUUGCAAAAUCUCUCGUGUGUUAGAGAAUUUUCAAUCAGUUACAAAUCUGAAGAUGUGGAGUCCUUUCCAGAUGACGGGUUGCUGCCUACCAGUCUUACCUGUCUUCAUAUCAAUGGCUUUCCAAAUUUGAAAUCUUUGGAGAAGAAGGGGAUUCAAAACCUCACUGCUCUUAAAGAAUUAAUGAUUUACUUAUGCCCUAAGCUCGAGUGCAUGCCAGAAGACGGGCUGCCUGCCUCCCUUUCUACUAUAAUUAUAUGGAAAUGUCCUUUGUUGACGAAAGAGUUGAAAAGCAGAGAAGGACCCGAAUGGCGCAAGAUUGCUCACGUCCCCAACAAAAAUAUAGAUUAUUAGAUGAGCAAGAGUCUCCACUUUCUUUCAUAUUAGCCACUUUUAUAUAUAGUCAGGUAUUUUAACCCAUCCAAAAUCAGAAAAGAAUUAAAAGCCCAAAAGAGUUCAAAUCAGUUGUGUUCGUUCUAAGUGGUGUUUUGUCUUUUAAUUGGGCAGCAAGUCAUCCCAAUGAAAUACAAACUCUACACAUUUUUCUGCAUCUUCUUCUCAACUGCGCGCUGUCAUUCUCUUCCAGUAGGCUUUGUUCAUUGUGCCGGAUCAAACUGGGUAAAUUAAGGGUAACAGGUUCUGCUAUCUUGAGUUCACUAGCAUGAGUUACUUUUAUAUUCUC